AUGUUCCUUAACCCUGCCCUGGGGCCCUUGAUCAGCGCUCAGCUGCGCAGCGCUCUGAAUAGCGAGGGCUCCAAGGGGAUAUCACCGCCCACAUCAGGCGCAUAUUCCCACGACCCCACGUUUUACAGCGACCAAAAGAAUGACAUCAAUAUAACCGAGCCGGUCCUCACCUCGAAUACACUUGUUCGACCGGUCUUGCUUGAUCAAAAGAUGCUGUUAGGAACCGUUAGCUUGUUCUCCGCUGUCAGGGCCAUUGGCGUGUUGGUUAUCCUGUACCGAAGCAUUUCACAUCAGUCACUAUCGAUGGCAUCAGAUGCGCUGGUAGCUUACAAGCGACUUCGGGAGGCAAAAAGUAAUGCGGUUGGGCAAAGAACGAGAGUGAGAGACCAAGCAAAGGAAAGACUGAGUGAGUUGGUUGAGAGCAAAGGCAGAGCAACGACUAUAAAGAAGGAUCGCUCGAAGCUAAUCGAGCGCGUGGAGUGUAACGGGCACAAGAGCGGACGUGGCUUUGUACUCGUAAACUGGCUUGCGCCGGGGGGGAACGGGAUUGAGAGUAGUCCUGCAAAUUUUCAAUCGCGGAAGGAGGUAAUUGUCGAGUGCAAUGCAGAGAAGGCGUGUACCGCUUAUCCCUUUGUUCUAGCAAGCGUCCACGUUGUCUGCCUGCAGGCGGAGGAUGUCAAGGGUUAUCUGUUUAUUAGUCUCCCCAAAAGGAUUCCUCUUUUCACGUCUGAACCCGUCAUUAUAAUACUGAGUACUAGCAUGGGUGACCCUUAAGGAGACUUGCUAGUGUUCGAGUCGCAUCGCCAGCGAGAUUUUUCACAAUUUCUUGUUUAAAUGAAAGUUCACGGAAGAAAUCAUAUAUUGCUGGUGUAUUUCGAGCAAUCUUCUCGUCGCCUCUGCGGCUCUCUGCGGGCACACAAACUCCCACAGCAUACCUCCCAUCAGUCACCUCUUAUCGAGCGUCUACGAUGCCAUCGGUCCAUAUAGGUCCACCCCCCAAUCGAAGGCGGCAGCGUCCCUAUCGGAUGACCCUUUCAUCAUCUGAUGUUAUCCAAAUCAAGUGAUUUCUAGAGUGACGGCUUGAGCGGCCCAAGGUGCCUCGACAGAAUGCCGCAUCAUUAGAACAAGGGGACCGAGUAGAAGACUGUCAUUGACACUGAGCGCGGGCCCAUCACUCAAAUUUGACUGAAACAGUUUAACCAGGCC